CUUUGACGUCUUGUAGGUUGGCAGCUCUGGUUCUUUCUUUUUCCGGUCUUGAACAUGGUAAGGAGUUGUUCUGGGACAGUGCUAUGUUAGAUUGUAUUUUUACCACGCGAAAUGGGUAUCGAUAUCAAUCAUAAGUGGGACCGCAAGGUCCGUCGUACUCGGCCAAAGUCGUUGGACGUGUACCUUUCGCUGCUGGUGAAGCUGUACCGCUUCCUGUACCGACGCACGAAAAAGAAGUUCAACAAGAUCGUGAUGCGUCGUCUGUUCAUGAGCCGCACGAACCAUCCGCCCAUGUCGCUCAACCGUGUGGCCCAUCUGAUGAAGCUGCGCGGCAAGGAUGAAAAGUCGGUCGCCGUCGUGAUCGGCACCGUGACGAACGAUGUGCGCAUGAUGGAUGUGCCGAAGCUGAACGUGUGCGCACUCCGCGUGACCGAUAAGGCCCGCCAGCGCAUCCUGAAGAACGGUGGCAAGAUCUACACGUUCGAUCAGCUGGCGCUGCUCUCCCCGACAGGAAGGAACACCGUCCUGAUGCAGGGCAAGCGAACCGCCCGCGAGGUAUUCAAGCACUUCGGCCGUGCGCCGGGCGUGCCGCACUCCAACACCCGCCCGUACGUGCAGUCGAAGGGCCGCAAGUUCGAGAAGGCUCGCGGUCGUCGCAGCAGCUGCGGUUACAAGAACUAAGCCUACUGCUGGUUCGAUUGUCACGGCGACGGCGGCGGCGAUGGCGGUUUGGAUUGCACUUCCUCAGAACAACAACAACAGCAACAACUACGAUAACAUUCGGGAAAGCCACCGAAGAAGUGCAACGCAAAUCGUGUUCUAUUUUGGUGUAAGUAGGCGUUGGUGAAGAGAAAUACAAGGAAGAAAGAUCGAUUCCAACAUGAAA